CAGACGAACUGGUUGGUUACAGAGCAAAUGUACAAUCAUGGCAACGGAAGUGUCCGUUUCAUGGUCUCUGUUCCUAAAACUUAAAUCUACUGAGUUUAGAAUAAGCUGGUUCAGGGAUUACUGUAGCAUAUAGCAUAGAUGUCAUAACUUUUCACAGUUACUGCUCUACAAUCCACUGUGGAAGUACUGGCUACUAAAAACAGCAAAAACAACAAGUACAAGCAACCACUAGACAAAUAAUAAAAACUACCAAUAGAAGAAGCAGUCAACUUCCCAGCGCCCACAGACAACAAUCCAGACCUUUCCUUCUUGAAAACAAUGCUGGUGAGAAUGUGAGUUCCAGUCCAUGUCACACCAGAGUAACUGGACGAAGCAACGACGGAAAUCAAUAUAGACACUUUUCCUGUUCCACCCCAUUCUAGACACAAGCAUUUUCACUAUUUCUUAGUUCAGCUUCAUGUUGUUUCUGUUCGAAAAUAUAAACAUAUUUUUGGGUGGUAUUUCAAAGUUUACAACUGAGCACUGUGGAGAACAUAUUUCUUUCGUACCAUGAUUUUUUUCCCUGGACACAAAAUUCAAUCCUGAAAUUAUCUUGAUGCAGAAUAAAGAAAUCGGGACUUGACUCUGAUUUGCAAAGGGACACAUCAUACAGGUGAUCCAGUGUCCAUUCACCAAUCCUGCAUGGAAGGAUUUCUUCUUCAUCUUCACAGAAGAGUACUGGGAAGGAGUGGUUUUAUUUGGAUAAGGAGGGGAAGAGAACAGACUUGAGGGAGUGGAAAUCUAAAGACAAUCUAAAUUUUACUUUAAUUGCAGCAGGUGUUCAUCCCACAUCUUCAGUGGGGGUGGGAACACCAAAAAACUAAAGGGUUAGAAAUAGGACACUAUGGAAGAAUUUCAUUCCUACAUUUUCCUGUAAGUACUUCUUCCUGGUAGAAUUAAUUUUGAAUUUCAAUACUGGCAUAAUAAACAGUAGUACCAUAUAGCUGUUAUUCUACAUUGAACAUUAUAGAAACUAACUCUAAAGUAAAAACAACAGUAUAGAAAGAAAAGUGAAGCGGAAGUUUCGAAGACAAAAGUCUUCUAAUUUUGUGAGUUAAGCCCUGUGGGAUUUCCAAGAAGAGACUUCAACCAUAAAUGGAAUCCAAAACGCUGCACAUGAGGCUGCAUUCCAUUCCCGCUCAUGCCUACUUCAUUCUGUACUUUCACGUUUUGAAAUCUCCAAAGAAACCUCUGUUUAGAUACACCAGCAGUUUCUGGAAGUAAGGCAUUCUGCAGGUAGUGUGGACUAGCAAAGUACAGAGAAUGUACUCAACCUGUGUGGGCAAUUUAACAAGGACUUCCUGUUACCAAGGACUUCCAGUGAAAAAUGAUCUCCCUUUAAUCUAAGGAACAGGGGAGAAACAGGCAGAACCAGAUUCUCCAGGUGUGAAGUAAGCAAUCCGCGCUCCUCAUUUGAUAGUAACAGCAAAUGUACAACUUUAUCUCCAAUGUAUUUGACUUCACUGUUUGGCUUUCAAUUAACUGUAUGAGAACCAUAAAGAAAGCCCGUGCCUUAGAAGUGAUUUAAGCACCGGGAUCGAGCAUUACACCCCAUGGCACUCGGAUUCUCUCUCAGAUUAAGAACUCUAACACCACGGGUGGGAAAACAAGAACAAGACAGUAAGGUUCUUCCUUUUCCACUAAGAGUCACUAAGGGGAGUUUCAGGCACAGUGGAAGAGUUUAAGUGAAAUUUGUAAUGAAAUAAGAUGAGCGUGAGAGGAUGUGAAAGAGGAAACGACACUCAGGAGACUAUGACAGUAAUCCAAGUGAAAUACUAAUGUCUUGGACCAGACUGGAAGAGGUGGAGGGCUCCAAACACACUAAGUAAGAAAGGCUGAAAAGUUUUAUUGUUGUUUGGAAAUGAGCUAAAGUAUAAAAUACUGAAGAAGAAAAAAAAAAACACUCAAGAAUGACUCAAGCUUUUGGAUUGGAGUCACUGAAAGAAAAGAGCAGCCACUGACUGAGCUAGAACAAUCUGGGCACAGAGACAGUGAACACUCAUUUCAGAUGUACACACCUUAAUGGGACUCAGCAAGCAGACAGGGGUUUUAAGAGGAAUCCAGACCGGAGAACCAACCUGGAAUCAACAGUAUUUGGUACCAAUAUUAAAAAUAAUGGAGGACAAUAUUCACUUUAUAAGCAUCCCAAUAUUCAGAGGUAGGAGAGAUUAAAAGCCAGGAGCCUGUGGGAGGGUGGGAAAGAAAGAACCAGGGAUAAAAGGUAAAACGCUUCUUUGGACACUGUCUCAAAAACUGAUUUAGUCAGCUGUGGCUGUAGUCAUAUUGCUUCUACCUUCAGAAACAUGUUCCAAUGAUUACCAUGUAUUCUGUCUCUGUUUUUAUUAUUCAACUCACUCAUGAACCAUUCUGCGAUCCUGGGAAACAAUCCUAUACAAAACAAGUUAAAACAAGCUUUGGAAUGCAAAAUUCAUGCCAAUGCCACAUUUGCUCUUCAUGUGUUUCCUGCUGAGCCUAUGGUAAACUCACAUGCCUUAUCCUGCAUACAACUCAACUACCAUCUGCUUCCUAUCUACCUGUCUGAUUUCUUUCCCCUGUUAAUUUUCCUUCUCUUAGUUUCUAUCUACACAGGCAUUAAUUUUGUCCUGAAAGUACAACAGCCUCAGGCUGGAGAGACGGUUCAGCAGUUAACACAAAGCACCAUCCCUGAAGAGAACGUGAGUUCCAUUCUUAGCACCUGCAUCAGGCACCCACAGUCACCUUUAACACCAGCUCCUCGGCAUCCAACACCUCUGGCCUCGACAGGCACCUCUAGUCAUAUGCAAGCCUCCAUUCAAACACACACACACACACACACACACACACACACACACACACACGCGUGCGUACACAUAAUUAGAAACAUUUUUUUAAAUACAUCGGUCUUAUAUUGGUUUGGUAUUUUAUCUCCUAUAGAGAGCCUAUACUCCUUAUCUCUUCACCAAUAUUUAUAUUCACCUUGUCUGACUUCUCAAUAUUUAGAACUCACAACCCAAAUAUCUCCUUAAAGUCCUUGUGUAGCAGGCUUUCUUUCGGGCCACGAACCAGCUCCCAAAUCUUGACACACAGACUUAUUAGUUACGAAUACUCAGCCUUAUCUAAUGCUUGUCCCACUAGCUCUUACAAUUUAAAUUAACUUGUUUCUUUUCAUCUACAUUUUGCCUUGGUGUAUUUUACCUUUCUUUCAUUCUGUAUGUCUUAACUCCAUGUAUAUAGCUUGCUGGUGAGUGCCUGGAUAAAUGGCCCUGCUCAUUUCUCUCUCUUUCUCCCUCAUUCUCUCUUUUCUUCUCUCUUCUCUCUGGAGCUUAGAUUCCUCCUCCUACAUAUUCUCUCUGCCCACCAGCCCCACUUAUUAGUUAUUCAGCUUUUUAUUAGACCAAUAAGGUGCCUUAGGCAGGCAAGGUAAAACAGUAACACAUCUUUCAUCGUUAAACAAAUGCAACACACCUUUACAUAGUUACAGGAAUAUUCCACAAUGGCCUUGCCUGACUGUCUGUUAAGACAUAAGAUGAUCUUAUGCAUCUCUUUAUAACUUCAUAAACUUGUUCACCUCAGGACAGUUCUACAUGCUUACAAAGUCUCCUUUAUCUGCAUUACUAUUCCUCCCAUAUAAUUCCCACUCAACAAACUUUAGAACAAUGCUAUGUCUAACCAUGUUGUAUACAAAGAUUUUCACAUUUCAAAAAAUAAUUGUAAAAGAGAUCUCUUACAAUGACUUAAAUUUAUUUCAAUUAUUCUCCACUUCAUAUGGUUUUCUAGUCUUUUCCUUCUAUGUUCUUUUGGGAAUUUCUAAUUUAUGAGUUACCAUCAUAACUCAUCAUAAACAACAUCAUUGUUAGUUGGUCCCACCAGAGUCCCGGAAUUUGUCCACUGUUUUCCAGGCAGUGUCUGUACAGGCUGUAAGUGACACAAGUAUCUUUCUUAGCCUGUUAUCCUGGUGCUUAUUAUUCUGGUGGCUCAGAUGAAAAGCAUGACUGAAGUCUAAUACUUUGUCAUAGUUAAUGGCUGUGAAACAAAGUCUUCUAUUUUACAGAUGUGAAGAAGUUUCCUAAGUAUUUGAUAUUUCACAUUCUUUCCUGUUAAGUCUAUUUUAAUACUUUAGUCUCUGAAUCUCAGUGUAACUUCAGGAGACUAAACAUACUACACUAAGCAUCAUGAAUAUAUCUGACAACUAUAUGUAUGUGUAUUGAAGAUACAAAUCAUUAACUUAAAAAACUGUAGAAAUAUGCCUAUCAUUGAGUCUUACACUACCACAUCCUACCAGACCUUUCUCUAUUCAAUAUUUAAAAAAUAUCUAGAGGUCAGUGAUCUGUUUAUAUUGCCACUCAACCUUUUCAAAACUACAAAAGGCAUUAAGUGCCUUACUACACUCAAGGAUUAAGGAAAUAAUGGUUUAUUAACAAUAGCUUUUAUUUGAUGCCAUGGACAAUUAGGAGCACUAGUGAAAAUGUAAGUAACAUCAGCAUUCUCAGAUAAGAAUGUAUAUAAACAUGUUCCCAAGUAUCUAACAAUUAUCAUAAUAUGAAUUCCUAUACAUUUUGUCCUAGGAGUUUUCGAUCCUUGGAAACAACUGACAAGAAUGAGAAGUCUGCAUAGUCAAAGCAACAAUAUUUUUCAUACAUGCAAAAGAUGAGAAAACAAGACUAUAUAAAAUAUGCUAACCUCAUUUUACUUAUAUAUUUAUAUACAUACAUAUAUAUUGCUUAAAAUCCACAUUGAAUUUAUUCUGACAUUGUUGGUUUUAAUUAAAUUAUGCAUAUCUUAAAAAGAGGAAAGGGAAGAUGAAAGACCGACUUCAAGAAUUAAAACAGAAAACCAAGGAAAUCGAACUCUCUCAGGAUAGUCGUGUGUUUCCAGAAGCAGAGGAACAAGGGGAACUUGUCCAGCAAGCUGUUAUUUAUGAGAGAGAGCCAGUAGCUGAGAGACACCUACAUGAGAUCCAGAAACUGCAGGAGACUAUCAACGGCUUUGCUGAGGAUGUUCAAAGGUUUGGACAGCAACAGAAAAGUCUGGUGGCUUCCAUGAGAAGGUUUAGCCUACUUAAACGAGACUCGACCAUUGCAAAGGAGAUCAAAAUCCAAGCCGAACACAUUAACAGAGCACUGGGUGACUUAGUCAAAGAAGUAAAAAAGUCAGAGGUUGAAAAUGGUCCAUCAUCAGUGGUUACAAGGAUACUUCAGUCUCAGUAUGCCGCCAUGUUCCGCCACUUUCAGCAAAGCAUGUUUCUAUACAAUGAAACAAUAGCUUCAAAGCAAGAGAAGUGCAAGACAUUCAUUGUCCGUCAGCUUGAAGUAGCUGGAAAGGAAGUGUCUGAAGAAGAAGUGAAUGACAUGCUUCAGCAUGGAAAAUGGGAAGUUUUCAACGAAAGCUUACUCACAGAAACCAGCAUCACGAAAGCACAGCUCUCAGAGAUUGAACAGAGACACAAAGAGCUUGUGAGUUUGGAGAACCAAGUUAAGGACCUCCGGGACCUUUUCAUUCAGAUCUCUCUUCUGGUAGAGGAACAAGGAGAAAGCAUCAACAACAUCGAAGUAAUGGUGACCAGCACAAAAGAUUACGUUAUCAAUACUAAAGAGAAAUUUGGACUCGCUGUCAAAUACAAAAGGAGAAACCCCUGCAGGGCCCUGUGCUGUUGCUGCUGCCCAUGCUGUGGCUCCAAAUAAAGAUGCUAUUUUAGAAGCUUCUCAGGGGUUAGGAGUAAGGUUUCCACAUUUCAGAGCCUUGUUUUGGUUGUCUUUAUUUCAUGAGUCCAGUCCCAUACAUUCUAUCACUGCUAACAGCUCAUUUUCCCCUUUAACAUUUGCCUUUUAAAGUUACAGAAAUGCUGAAGCCAGUGACACAAGACAAGCAUUUUUCUUAAAAUUUCCAGAUUAACUACAAAAAGUUAAAUUGAAAGAUUUUACAUUUCUAGAAAAAUAUUGAGUUCUACUGUUAAUUUCUGUAGUCUUAAAAUGACUAUUCAAACAAGUGGUAACUACUAAUCUGGCUUAGUUGAGAAUAUUUUGGUAAUUAAGAGUUGUAUAAAACAAAGUCUCAACAGAUGCCACGGACCAUCAAAAUGAAGCUAAAAUGCCAAGUAAGUCUUUACCACAGAUAGAUGAGUAAACCUGAUGAUCAUUACGUCCCGGAAAAACCCACUCAUAGACUUGAUGAAGAAUUUGUCUAUGCUUAACAAUGGUGACUGUCAAGCAUAAGACUUACAGUGAGGUAAGACUGUUUUUAUGAACUUGGAUGAAAAAACUGAAUUAAAUACAGAUUAGAGGCUUGACAAAGUCAAAGUAAAAGCAACUGUGUUCUAGAACACGUGACAUCACUUUGUGAUGAAGUAUAAAUUAAUGACGAGUCCUAAGCAGUCUUCAACUUUGAGAUGAUCCUCCUGACAGCCUCCAGGGAGCUUGGAUGACACAGGAAUGCACCACUGAGCCCAUUCUGAUCUUUUUCUUUAAACCUGGUCUUUUAUUUUACCCCAGGUGCACUGUCCUUUUCUGUAAUGGAGCAGGUCACUCUAGAGGUUCGAUACUCUUUGUUUCUUAUGCCUGAAGUAAAUUUGUUCUUACUAUCACCAAUUUUAUGUUCACUGGAAUGUUGUCUCUUGUGGGUGGGUGGAUGGCAGACACCAUAAAGAUAUUUAGUCUUCCCACUCGAAGAUAUGAUGUGUCUUCAUUUAUUUAUACAUUUAUUUUAGUUACUGGAAAACUCUUACCAUUCCCUACAUAUGAAAGCACCAUGGCCAUCUUUGUGACAUUUUUGUUUUGUUUUGCUUCUAUUGCUAUUUCUCUCCAGUAAAUAUUUGCCACUGUUGUCAAUCAAAGAUAUAAAAUACUUGCCUUUGAGAAAGUCCUUCCCCAACUAGUCACCCUAGCAAGGCCAUCCUGAUGACCUGUGGCAUCUCCUCACCCUUACUUUAAGUAUCUGCUUGAACUUAAUACCAUCUUCUAGAUCUGUUUGUUACUUGCUUCUGUGUUAGCAUGUGAAUUUCCAAUGGAUUUCCUGUGCAAGACCAACCAAUAUCCAUAGGUCUCUAAGAGUACUUUUUUUUAAAUUUACUCAGUUAUCUCAUUUCCCUUGUACACUGUCUUCCGUCCUUAUAAUAUGGAAGGCUGUGUUUCUGCUCCAACCCAUGGCAUCUUCAUUUGCCCCCGAUUCCACCCUUGUGUUUGCAGUUUUUCUUCUCUUUGAAAUAUCUGGAGUGAGCUCCUCCUCUGGGUCACUGUCUUCAGCACAGUGCUCUGUGUUUCCUGUAUCAGGUGCCCUUGAGUGAGCCCUUCACAUCUCUUCAGGACUGACUCCUUACUGGAGGGUUCUGUUUAAACUCUUGGCCAGAGCGGUGGAAAAAAAAAAAAAGUGAGAGAAUUCAUCUGUGACAAUUUCCUUAAAGACCCUUAAGACAAAGUUAUCAAUUGAGAGGAGCAGAGUUAAGGGAGCAAGAGGAUGAAUGAAACAAUCAGGUCAGAGGGAAGGAUUGAGUCAUCCUGGAAAAUGGCAGGAGAAUAACCAGGGGGUAUGCAGGGCCCAUCUGAACGUAUUGGGAUAACUUUCAUGUGAUCUCUGCCAGGACACACAUGCGCUUUUAACCUCGCCAUGCUCAGCAGCUUGAAUGCUGGCAGAGAAAGCGAGGAUCCCUGUCUGCUCAGGGUGGCGGCUCUCCCACACCUGUGCAAUGCAAGAAGUGUGUGUUGGGAAAGCUGGGGAAAGGGAAAGGAUUAAAUUGCCACGUUACACCAUGGUAAAAGUACUACAAAGUAAUCUUAGUUCACAAAUGUAAAUUGAAUUUCUUUUUAUCCUGUCAGUUACCAAGUAUCACUGUGGGAAGAGAUGUUUCACGUGUCCCAGCUUCAAAUGCUUACAGCAGCAUGAUGAAAAAGACCCUGUAAGACUGAUGAAAAACUCCAAAGCUGACUGGGCAGUUACAGUUAUCACCCCCACCGUUCCUUUUAAGUUUCUAUUGAGAGUUUUACGUAUACCUGGUUACAGCUGUUCUUAAAUUAUUUAUCAUGAAAACUAGAUUAUUAAGAACUAUUUAAUAUGCAUCAGUUCAAUUAUGCCCAGAUGGACGUACAAAAAGUUCUGUUAGUAUUUUAUCAUGCUUAUAAAGUAAGAAUGAAGCCCAGACUUGUUGCAAAGCCGUUAAUAAUAUUCUAUUUCAUUGCUACAUUCUUUAUCAUAAUAAUAUGAGUUAUACAUAUUAAUGCGUUCAAAAAUGGCAUCCCUGCACGUGCAUUAUUGUACUUGAUCUUAUCCACCUUCUUCUGUCUCUCACUCUUCUCUGGUAGCUGCUUUCUAUUCUCAAGUUUGCCUCCCUCCAGCCUCCAUGGAUUCUACAUUCUAUAUAGAAGAGAAAAAAAUGUUACAUUUGUCUUUCUCUCUCUGGAUAAUUUCACUUAACCUGGUGAACCGACUUGCUUCCAUUUCUUACAAAUGACUUGAUUUUGUUCUUUUACGUUGCUUCUGUGUUGAUUUCCACCUAGGCUAAUGCCAUAUCAUAGCUAUGGCAAAUAAUAACUUAUGUCUAUGUCCUCAAUUGCUUAGUAUUAACCUAACCUAAGCAACAAGGACAAUAUAUUUAAUCAAAAAUUAAAUAUUUUGUAUACUUUAUUUCCACACUUAAUACAAAGUAAAAGCAUCAAUCUUUUUCUUAGUAUAACUAUCUGAAAGAGAAAACUAAUUAUUGAAAGAGUUGAUGGAACAACAUUAGGAAUCUGCUGGCUCUGGAAACAGAAGUCAAAAAUAACAAAUUAAAAAAAAAGAACGAUUAAAGUCCUUUGGGUGCAUGUUAACACCACUAAAUUGGAUUAAGUGGUUUGAAUUCAUCUAACAGUUUGAAGCACUGUACCAUCAGCAAUAAUAUUCCGAUCCAUUUACAGAACAGUAGGAACACUCUUUCAUUAUCUGAAUCCACAUGUCGGCACAGGCAUGCACACGCUUGCUCAUUUACAAGCAGAGUCAUAGAGAGAAUUGGUAACUGUCCUGACCGUGUGGUGGUUGCACACCUGUAACCCCUAGCUUGGGCUGGAAGGUUACUGGGACUUCCACAUCAGCCUGGGCUACAGUGAGACCUUGUCUCAAGGAAACAAAGAAAGAAAGAGGAAGAAGGGAAACAACAGUAGGGGAGGAGGGAAAGGGCAUCUCCUGAGGGCUGUCUGAUUCCAAAGGUCUCACCCUCAAAAUACUGAAGGUCUGGGGUGAAAAUUAAAGCGGGAGGUCCAUGGCAACGUGUUGAUGCCUACCUAGCAACACAGUCAAGUAUCUGUUCUUCGUGAGCUUUAAAGAGUGUGACAGUGACAGCAGCGUGCAGCAUGCAGUGACAAAGGCCGGAGUGCAAGUCCACAGUGUGAGCAAAUGAAGAUGGCAGCCGCGAGAGGAUCCACAGCAGCACAGCUCCCAACAACGGAACUGUAGCUUCAGUGUGUAGUGGACUUGGAGGAUGAAGCUGAUCAAGGCAAUCAGACCUGUGUUAAAUAAUUCCUGGUCAUGUGAUUUGGGGGUCCACAGUAAAGACCUAUCACUAUAUGGUAAGAUGCAUCACUAUUCUGAUAGCUAAACUGGACUAGCACAGGCUGAAUUCUUAGUAUCCUGAAAAGAAAUUUUUGCUGGUGGCUUCAGGAUGAAAAUAUUAGACAACUCGACUGGACUUCAAAAAGGUAACAGGCAGAGUGAUUUAUUAUCUCUCUAAGGACAACUGUCUAGACUACACAAGAAAGAGAAAGUCUACAAAUGGCACCCAUCUUCCCAGAACAUUGCUAUCAACUGCAGAUAAUGAAAAUUUCAAUAUAUUAAGUUAUAGAAUAAAACUUACAGUUUCACUUAUUUAAUAGGAAAUCAAAUAGUGCCUUGUUCAUUAAUUCAACAUGUAGUAGGUAUUCAGUAUUUGUUGAAUUAAUAUAGGCAUAGAUGCAUAUAUACACAAAAGAAAAUAUCAAAAAAAAAAAUAAAUGACUACUUGGUUAAAAAGAACUACUCUAUUGGUAGCAAAUAGUGAUUCCAGGAAGUCACUGUUUAAAUAUUUUCAAAGACUACUUUAGCCUGUAGGGCUCAGCAAAGGUCACC